AUGACGACGAUGAUGGAGGGCGUUGAGCAAAGUGAAGUGCCAGCAUCAUCAGAGACACGUGUGCAGGCCAAAGAAAAAGAGCCUGAACAAGAACCCGAGAAGCAAACCGCUGAUGCUCCAGACGAUGGCUUCAUCGUUGAAGGUCAAGCCAAAGUUGCAGUCACUAGUGAAGUCUUUUACAAUCAUGUCCAGGAAUUUAACAGAGAUCUGUCUGUGGCUGUCAUAACAACUUGGCUCAAAUACGAUCCCAAAACAGCUGGUGAAGAACCCAAAGACACAAAUCCAGCAUACAAGAAAUCACAAGAAGCUAAACGCGGAACUAUUUUGGAAGCUCUGGCUGCUACUGGUCUGCGAUCACUACGAUAUGCCAAAGAAAUACCUGGUGUCGGUUUAAUCACCACAAAUGAUAUGGAAGCUGCUGCUGUUGAAGCUAUCAAAUCCAACAGGAAUUUGAAUGGUUUAACAGAGCAGCAAUUGACAGUUAGCAAAGCUGAUGCAAACCAAGUCAUGUAUCAGGCCCUCCUUCAAAAUAAGCCAUAUUCGAUUAUAGACUUGGAUCCAUUUGGUACUGCGUCCCCAUUCAUUGAUGCCGCGGUUCAAGCUGUCGCAUCUGGAGGCCUGCUCUGCAUAACAUGUACAGAUCUCGCUGUUUUAUGUGGGAAUCAUCCCGAAGUUGCAUUUGAAAAGUAUGGUGGGAUAUCUGUGCCUGGAACACCAUAUUGCCAUGAAACUGCUCUGCGACUAGUACUACAUUGCGUACAAACGUCUGCUUCUCGAUACAAGAGGUGUAUUGUACCUCUUUUAUCAAUGAGCAUUGAUUUCUACGUACGAAUUUUUGUUGCUGUGUAUAAUUCUCCCCUUCAAACCAAGUUUGCUGCCAGCAACACUAUGAUGUUAUAUUCAUGUACAGGAUGCAAGUCAUUCGAGACUCAAUCAUUAUGCAAGACCACAACUCGCCCAAAUGGAACCAAGUUUGGAGCAGCUAUUGGUCCAACCGCACCACAAAAGUGCUCUCAUUGUGACUCCAGUUUCCAUGUUGGUGGUCCAAUGUAUGCUGGAAGACUACACGAUACACCCUUUGUCAAACAAUUGUUGGACUAUAUCAAGAAGGAUGGUGAAAAGAAAUUCAAGACACAUGUUCGUAUGAAUGGCAUGUUGACUGUCGUAUCUGAAGAGCUUCUAGACCAACCAUUCUAUUAUGAAAUACCUCGAUUGUCAUCAUGUCUAAAUACUUCAACCCCACCCUUGAAUACCGUGUGCUCGGCAAUUUUGAAUGCAGGAUACCAAGUCUCUAUAUCUCAUGCUCUCAAAGCCAGUGUCAAGACUAAUGCACCUCCUCGCAUUAUAUGGGAUAUAAUGAGAAGUUUUGUGAAACAACACCCCAUCAAGACACCGAAAGAAGGUAGUCUUGCUGCCAAGAUCCUUGCAACUGAACCAAGUGUGGAGAUCAACUUCGCCAGGCACCCAGAUGCCGAACCUCCAUCUAGAAAAAUAAAGAUGGUUCGUUUUGAGGUACCAGCGCCAAAUUCUGGACCAAAAUCAAGACCAGGUAAACGGAAAGCUCCUGAGCAAGAGCAACGGAACAAGAAAUCCAAAAGUGCCGUAGAAGAGCCUGACGCUGAAACUGCAGCUGAUGAACAAAAUUGA